GAGCUGGGCGAUGUGGGCUGCACCUACAUCCCCACUUGCCACCAGUCCCGUUGGCGCAUCAGCAGGGAGUGGGGCAGCCCCCAGGUCCUCUACCCUCAGGCCAAAAAGCGCUACCCUCUCCCCAGAGCCUGCCUGCAGCGAAGGCAUGGUCUGUACAACUGCAAUUAUUUCGAAGAACAGAUGGAGCGAGGAGCAGAAAGUCUGUUAAUAGUAAUAGAAAUGCUACAUGUUAACCUGGACAGCACACGAUGACAGUCCCAUGACUACACGUUCUGUUCCCACCAGCUGGGCUCCGAAGGAGAAACGAGAGCUUCAGAAGCGCCGCGCUCAGCGCUGCACCCUCCCUAAAGGCAAGAAGUACGUGGUGAUGCUGGUGGACCCCGACGCCCCCAGCAGAGCCGACCCCCGGCGCCGCUUCUGGAGGCAUUGGCUGCUCACCGACGUCCCUGGCACAGAGCUGAGGACAGGGGAGCUCAGAGGGCGCGUGCUGACAGAAUACGCCCGCCCCACGCCGCCGCCCCGCAGUGGGUACCACCGCUACCAGCUGCGCCUGUAUGAGCAGCCCGAGGGCGAACGCAUCACCCUGGGUCCUGAGGAGCGCAUCUCUGCGGGUGAGGAGCAGCCGUGCCCCGGGGCAUCGCUUUGGGUGCCGCAUCCGUCCGUCCAUCCUGAGUUUGCAGCGUGGGGAGGCCCAUGCAGGGCUGCUCUCGGGAUGAGCUUGGGGCGAUGGGGUGGGACGGCCCUGAGCUGGGUGGGGGUCACCAAAUAGCGGAUGGGGACAAAGGGGGGCGGCUCAGCGGCCGUGGAAUUGGGCUCAGACCUCACCCGCACGUCCCCAACCAACCGACAGUGGGAGUUUCGUCACUCCGAUAGGGAUCAGAGCUGGAGAUGUGGCACAGGGAUUGCUCCAAGGGCUGUGACACAACGCCGGCCAACUCCCAGCCGGAGCAGGGACACGAGGUGGGGAUGGGCUCACAGGGAAAAGCUCCCAUGCGCGGCUCUCUGCGGGUCGUUCUGCCCCUCAGUUCGCUUUCCUGGCUCAUUAGCUCUGAGUCUGAAGGGCUGAAGGCUGGAUUUGACCUUUUGGCUGCUGUGUCACAGCCUUAUGUAUUCCCAGCGGGUAGGGAGAGGGUCCUAAAAGAGCCGGGAAGGGCUGCUGGUGCCUGCAGGGUUUGAUGAGGAUGGAUGAGGCAGAGACUCAUCCAGCACAGCACUCAGCCCCCAGCAAUGAGGAGGGGAAGGUCUGAUCCUGGCAGAGCUGCUCUGCGUCCAUCCGUCCUGCGGCCUCUCACAAGCUGGGAUGCUCAGGCCGUCCCACAAAGCCCUCUUCAGGCUUCCCAUCCCCAAAUGAAUCCCCUCUCGUCACCCUGUUUGCAGCACCGCUCCCUCCAUCAGAGCUGGCAUCACCCGCUGUCACCCCAGCAUCACCCCUAACCCUGAGCCCACCCAGCCCCCCGUCCUGGCCAGCCUGGUGCCGUCCGUCUGUCCUCUGUCGCUUUAUGCUCGAAUCCACUCCGGGAAAAAGCAGAAGCCCCCCCCCCUCCCCCCCUCUCCGAAAGAGCGUCACCUCCAUCAGCCCUUCCUCCCCACCAACUCCACGUGCACCCAUUGGGGCGGUGGGACCCGCCGUUGCGGGAGAUGCGGUGGGGCCGCAGCUUCCAGAAGAGGGCACUGCGCCCCGAGCUGACCUCCCCGAGCCGCGCUCCGAGCGCCGGGACGCGGAGA